ACGAAAUAAUGAGUCGUAGUUCUAAAUUAUCAAAAUCAGUCAAUCAAUCGAUACAUUUGUUUGAUGAAAAAUCUUCCAUCAUAUCAUUGCCAAAAAUCAAAGUGAUACCAUUACCAGAACCUAUUGGCCAUCAUGAACCAUUUCUAGAUGGGAUAAUUCGAAAAAUGUCCGGCGUUUCAAAUCUCGAAGAUUUUGAUUCGAUACUUCGAAUGAAAAUGUUACAGAAACGAAAACAAAAUCGAUUUUGGCGAUUUUUGAAAUUAAUCAUAGAAAUCACAAUCAUUUCUACUAUUGUACUGUUAACUUUAUAUUCUUAUUUGUUUUUCGAUCCAAUGUUCAAUAAUGCUAUCGAGUCAGAGUUGAACUUUGAUCAAAAUUCUCGAAUGGCCAUCAUGUUGCAAAAUCCAUCAUUACCUUAUACAAUUAAAUACUAUCUGUUUGGAUUAAAAAAUGCUCAUGAUUUUCUUCGUGGCCAACGGCCAGUUUUAGUUGAAUAUGGACCAUUUGUUUACAGGGUGAAUACAAAACGUACAAUUAAUAAAUGGAAAUCCCAAACCGUUGAAUUCACGGAACAAGCAUUUUUUCAUUUUGAUCCAGAUCAUUCAUUACCAUUGGAAACCGAGUUAACUGUACUCAAUUAUCCUCUUUUGACAGCUUUAUAUAUGGUGAAAUCAAUGAUGAAAGAGAAUUCUAUUUUAGGAUUCUUAAGUCCAGUUGUUCAAAAUGUUGUAGCGAAUGUAAUCCGAUCUAGUGGCGAGAAGAUUAUUGUACAGCGAAAAGCACUUGAUCUACUCGAUGGUCAUCGAGUAAAGUUCUUAAAAAAUGUUCAACGUAUUUUGAAACCAUUGAAAGCUUUGGGAAUUACAUUCAAUUCAGAAUUGGAAAAUAUGGACCUUGAACAUUAUUCGUACGGAUUCGGGCCACAAAAUUCUGGUCAAAAAUCAGAAUUAUAUGAACAUUUUCGUCAUACAAAAAGUGGUCAUUUAUUUGAUGGCAUUUACAAAGUGGCUGGUAAAAGAAAACUGAAAGAUUUCCGUCCGCCAUGUAAUGAGAUGAAUGGUAGUUCUGGUUUAUAUUUUGGAAUGCAUUUGACAGCUCCAGAAAUUUCAUUUUUCAAUCAUAAUGUAUGUCGAAAAAUUCGUCUGAUAAAAAACCACACACAUUAUCAUCAAUCGUUAAUCAAAGUUGUACGUUAUUCUGUCGAUAUUCAAUUGUUUAAUUCUACAAAUAAAUUGAAUCGAUGUUAUUGUUUACAAUCCAAAUUAUCCAAAUGUCAAGGAUGGAUAGAUACAUCACCAUGUCUUGGACAAUUAAAAGUUGGUUCUUCUUUUCCACAUUUUUAUAAUAGUUUAAGACGACAAGAAACCGUAAAAGGUUUACAGCCCGAUUAUUCUAAACAUAUUGGAUAUUUAGAUGUAGAGCCAAAUAUCGGCAUGCCAAUCAAUGGUCGUAUUGCCAUACAAUUCAACAUGCAUGUUUCAUCCAUACCAAUCAUUGGACUAAAAUCCAUACGUAGUACAAUGUUGCCAAUGUUUUGGGCCGAACAAUCCAAUACAAUUCAAACACCAAUGAUUUAUUGGCUAAUGAUUAUAUCAAUAUGUUUUGAUUACGGAAAACAUUUUAUUCUUUUUAUUGGAACAUUUAUUACAUUGAUUUGGUUUUAUCGAUUUUUUAAACAU